GCUUUUCUGGGGGAAACUCCGAGUGGCAGCAACAGCAUCUGGCAGCGCCGCCGACUUCCUGCUGCCAGACCAGGGCGGUCAUGUGACACGACAAAGUUCGGUGUGCGAACUUCUCCGGACUCUCCGCCUUGCCAGCUGCCGGGGAUGCGGUGACACUCUGGACCGAAAGUUAGUUGGACCCAGUUCGUCCGGCUCCACUGGAGUCUAUUAGCCAUCUAGCUAUUAUUAGGGCACCUUGUCAGGAUGGGGCAGUGAUCUCACGGAAUACAACCUUGUUAUGCUGUCACCUGACCACCAGGAAGGCCAGUCUGGGUGACUGGUUACCAUGGCGCGGCUCCUGGGUUCCACUAACCCUGUCCUCAAUGAGAGGAGUGAUGAAAUCACACCACUUUUGGGGAAACAAGAGGACGAAGCAGCGCCCCCACAGUGCUGCUCUGUGCGCUGCACCCUGGCCACCCUGAUGUUCUUCGGAUUCGCCGUCGUCUAUGGGCUACGUGUCAAUCUUAGCGUCGCCAUGGUUGCCAUGGUCAACGGGACCAACUCCCAGCCAUCCAGCAACAGCUCCCAAGCACAGGAGUGUCCAACUUCUGGUCCCAGUUUGAAUGGCAGCAGUAGCUCCGAGCAGGCGGGAGGGGCCCCGCAGUAUCCCUGGGAUUCAACCACACAGGGCUAUCUCCUGGGGGCCUUCUUCUUUGGCUACUUGGUGACUCAGAUCCCGGGGGGGUAUCUAGCCGGGCAUCUGGGUGGACGGAUCUUCCUGGGCGGAGGGGUGCUGGGCACAGCGGGCCUCACCCUCCUCACUCCGCUGGCGGCUGGACUGGGGGUCCCGUGGCUGUUUGCCCUGCGUGCCCUCGAGGGCUUUGGCGAGGGUGUGACAUUUCCAGCAAUGAUGGCCAUGUGGGCCCGCUGGGCUCCGCCUUUGGAGAGGUCGAGCCUCAUCAGCUUCUCGGGAGCGGGGGCCAGCUGUGGGGCCUUUUUGGCGCUGCCCCUCACCGGCUUCAUCUGCCACAACCUCGGCUGGCCAGCCGUCUUCUACUGCUGUGGGGGCGGUGGCUGUCUAUGGGCAGUGUUCUGGUUUUGUCUUGUGACUGAUGAGCCUCAGUCUCAUCCACGAAUCAGCAAGCGAGAGAGAGAUUACAUCAUCAACUCCAUUGGGUCACAGGGAAGUGCCCAUGGCUGGAUGGUGCCAGUCCUGCCCAUGCUGCUCUCUGUGCCCCUGUGGGCAAUCAUCAUCUCCCAGAUGUGUGGCAACUGGAGCUACUAUACCCUGCUGACCUCGUUGCCCAUCUACAUGGACAAUGUGCUUCACUUUAACCUCCAGCAGAACAGCUUCCUGUCGGCCUUACCCUACCUGGGUGGUGGGCUGUUUUCGAUGCUGUCUGGUGUCAUGGCAGACAAGCUGCUGGAGAGAAAACUCCUAAGCAUCACGGCAGUCCGAAAGAUCUUCACCCUCACAGGCCUCCUCUUGCCGGCUGCCUUCCUGGCUGCCAUGGGCUUUGUGGGAUGCAGCCAGUCGCUGGCCGUCAUCUUCCUCACAGUCUCCUCCACCAUCGGAGGCAUCAGCGCUGCUGGAGUCUUCAUUAACCAGAUUGACAUUGCGCCUCGGUAUGCAGGCAUGUUGCUGGGAAUCACCAACACGUUCGGGACCAUCCCUGGGGUGGUCGCGCCCAUCGCUGUGGGUUACUUCACCAAAGAUUCACAGCACCUCCUACUGGGCUGGAGGAACGUCUUCCUUGUGUCAGCCGGAGUGAGCGCUGCAGGUGCCCUCAUCUUUACCAUUUUUGGCAGCGGGAAGGUCCAGCGCUGGGCACUCAGUGACGAUGACGAUGGGGCUGAGGGCAGCGGGAGGGCAGGGUGACGCGUGUUAAUCUGUAACUCCCAAGCCAAACCACCAGGCACUUCCUGUUACACUGUCUUAGAACAAUGGUGCUAUAAACAUCCUGACCAUGGUAAUUGAUUGAGGAAGAAAAAAACCAAAGCUGUACAGCCAGAUACGUCUGAAGUUCCUACAAAUACCAUUGAAGAUUUUAACAUUGUUUGAUUUCUCAUGAUUCAUAGGAAAUUAAAACUUAUAAUAGUUAUAUUAAUAAUGGGCUCCCCCACUGGUACUUCCCACUUUGUCAAAGUGGGUUCCAAUCCUAGUUAUUUCACAUUGGCUGCGUGUGGCCUGCAGUCUUUCAGCUAUCACAGCCCAGCCAAUCCCGCUCAAUGCUAUCCUGUAAAUGCCUCGCAACUUCAUUUGCUUCACCCAGUUUUGAUUUCUUGGCGAAAUUCUCAUCAGAAUCAUGUUUACAUUUCGGAUCAAAUAUUCAAAGAUAAUUUCACAUUUACGAUAUACGUCUAGAAUUUUCUUCCUGUGAUGUUUACAAUAAUUUUUAAACACUUUCAGAAUGUCUUUUGCUGCAGAAAUAGAAAAUAUGAACAGAUAUUUCAUUAUGCAGUCUUAUUGUAGGGGUAUAUGGCAGAUUCAUAGCUGAUGUUCAAAAUUGCAAUGUCCAUCAUUCCAGUGAUUACUCAGGGAUUUGAUAGCUGUUAAGCCAUUUCCCAUCUAUCUGAUAUAUGAUGCUUUAUGUUACGGAAGGGAAUCAAAUGCACUUUUUAUGUUGCCUCCACAUGUAACCUCACUUACAUAACGCUUAAUGGCAUCUGCCGGUGUGUUACAUCUAACACACACAUUCAGCCAUUGUUGGGAAACAUGAAUCUAACUACACAUGUGCUGUUCUUUGCCCUGAUUGAACUGGGUAGCUGGUGGGUAAUGAACUGAGUUUAUUAACAGCAGUUCAGACCCCAAAUGUAAACAAGUGAGGGCACUGCCACUCUGCACCUGAAUAAAAGAAUCCAUCUAUUCUAAGACCCACUUAUCCUGGUCAGGAUGGCUUGUGACCUACACCAAAUUGUACCAAUAAUAAUAGCUUAUGUUUUUUGUGAAGGAUGUCUUUGUUAUUUCAUAUAAAAUAACAAAGGGAUGAAAUGUUAUACAUAUGUACUAGUGGCCAAUGCAAAAGCCAAUUCUUGUGAUCCGCGAGUGUAUUAUUUUGUCAUCAGAAAAAUUGCACUUUAAAAUGAAACAAUUAUCACCCAUUGAGGGAAAAACAUUUUCUAUCUAUAUUUUUUAUUACAUUCAGUUAUCUAUGUCAAUAUUUUUUCGUUUGGUAGUUAAGGACUGCUGUUCAUUUACAUUGGGAAUGUUUAGAUAUUCUGUGUGUCAUAGGUAACAACAGUUAUUGUGUUAUUAAAUCUUUGUUUAAAUGUGUGUAUUUAUUGAGAAAUAAACGACAUAAUUAUUAAGUCGA